AUGUCUUCGUCCCCCGUCAAUAUCCCGUUAGGCCCUGUGCCUCCGAUUUCGUCGACUCCGGCUGACCCUACAAUGUCAUGGCAAACACCGACUCCUAACCGGGCUGGGUCCGGAAAUACUGCUCAAAACACCACAUCCCAUGGUCUUAGUAGCUCGACAACCAAUACCACAUCAAACUUGACAUCUCCGGCUACUGCGGCAGCCUCCCAGACGUCGCGACGUCUGCUCUGGCAGAAAAUGCGGCGAGCCAGUGUUCGCAUCGCGAAAUGCGCUUUCGCGAUAAUUGGCAGCAUCAUAGCUUAUAUAUCACUCAGGGCGGCCAUGUGGUCUGCCGUAAAAGACUACCGCGACGACUGCCGAAGCCAGAACCAGACCUACGGCCACGUCUCGGGGGCUUGUGCAAAAGCAUUGCGUGCGGGUUUGUCAAGCCCGCUGGGUCUGAGCCUGUUUCUCUCGGAGCCCAAAUCCGACCAGCAUCGUUAUCCUCCCAGGGAUAUCGUAGAGCAUCAAGAGACGGUUGGUGAGGUGCACACUGUCGUCAAAUGGGUCUUGAGCAUCCUCGCGAUUUUCAUUCUUCUCUGCAUCGACGAAAUUUACGGUCCCAACUCUUCUUCUCUAGGCUCUUAUACGCCCGGGGGCCAUAACUAUCCCCCGGAGGGUAACAAUUGCCUGUGGAUACUCCGGAGGGUAACCGCUCGAAUGAUUCUGGCACUUUCGGUAAUUUUGAUCUGGCUCGCGCGGUUGCUCCGGCGCCGUGCGACGUGGACGGUGAUUCUGGUGUUUCUGGUGGGUUUAGUGGUCCCUGUGAAUCUGCUGGCCCAGGUGCUUCUGACAACUCUGACAAUUCUGAUGAGGAUGGUGACUCUGUUCAUUCUCGUGGCUCCGGUGAUUGUGGUGGUUCUGGUGUGUCUGGUGAUUCUGGUCGUUGCGUUAACUGGCAGCUGGCUUGAGCGUCGUCUUCUACCGCGGCUGUGGUUUCAUGCUGUCUAA